AUGGCGGAUACGUUCGAGGCUGGUAAGUGGAUGGCAAGCAGGCGGGCGGCCGCAGACACGUGGCCAUUCUUCGCCAGGUCAGAGGGCAGAGGCGCACAGCUUCGUGCUCCGCGCUGCGCCGUCCUCCCUGGCAUCGCCGAGAUCAGCGGCGCGGGUUGGGACCCGCUCCGCGUCGCCGAAGAGGGGGCCCGCUGCCGCGUCUCGCCGAGGAGCUGCGGGCGGGCGGCAGCGUCCGCCAGCCCCGAGGCUCCCCUGCUUUGCAGCUGGGGCCCAAGCGCCGCGGCGGCCGUCCUCGGCGGCGAGCGAGGCGGGGAAGUGAGAUGGAGAGGAGGAGGCCUUCCCAGAAGUCGGCUCGCCGCCGAGCUUCAUCAGGUUAUCGGCCGCCGAGCCGCAACUGGCGGCCCUGGCGCGGCUCGCCGCUGCCCAUGGGUAGGGCGCACUGGCGUGCUGUCUGCUGGUUUGUUUUUUGCCGCGAUCAAAGAAAUAGUGGCGUCCUGCCUGCUGGCACCUCCUCGGCCUCUCUGCUGCGAUCCGACAGUUGGUUUCACUUCCCCGUCUGGACUCCAGUCCUGGCUGCUAGUAUUCGUCGGCCUUGAAAGCGCUCUCUCCCGACUCACAUCCCGUCCCCUUCUGCUUCCUUUGUCCCUUCACUUCGUCCUCGAGUUCGCCGCCGCCGCCGCCAUCUCAUUUAAGCUCAUCGCGAAAUGCUUGGGUGGCCAAGAUUAUGCAACGCCUCGGCGCUUGCUCACAGUGCGGCAUCCCAUGCUGAUCACAGUUGACCUUUGCCCAGGGAGGUACAUUUGUUCAGGGUUCUUGCGCAACCAUCUAUUUGGCGAGGGCUAG